AUGUCUAGUAAUACUAAAAGCUUAAGUAGCACAAGUUGCAGCGAGGAUGAAAGUGAGCUAAGGAGAGGGCCAUGGACUCUUGAAGAAGACACUCUUCUGAUUCAAUACAUAGCUCGUCACGGUGAAGGCCGAUGGAAUUUGCUAGCAAAACGUUCAGGGUUAAGGAGAACUGGCAAGAGUUGCAGACUGAGAUGGUUGAAUUAUCUGAAACCGGAUGUUAAGCGGGGAAAUCUUAGUCCAGAAGAACAGCUCUUGAUUCUUGACCUCCACUCAAAGUGGGGCAACAGGUGGUCAAAAAUUGCGCAGUAUUUACCGGGUAGAACGGACAACGAAAUCAAGAACUACUGGAGAACAAGGGUGCAGAAACAAGCACGGCAUCUUAAAGUUGACACCAACAGCACAGAAUUCCAAAAUAUUAUAAGGUGCUUUUGGAUGCCAAGAUUGCUGCAGAAGAUAGGAGGAGAAUCAUCGUUUUCUUCCCCCAUGUUAAUCCAAAACCCGAUGGCUUUGCAGCCUCUUGACAAUGUUUCUCAGCAUUUAACAGCAGCAACAGCAUCACCUCCACAAAUUCCUGGGCAGGGAGCUCUUAAUAUGAGUGGAACAAUAUACAAUUUGGAUAGCAUCCAAAAGCAGAACGCAGAGUCAGAGUUCUGCACCAGUUCCUGCAUUUUGCCUUCAGAACCAAUAGACAUGCCAAAGAUGUCUCAAUUUCCAGAAUGCCCUCCUAGUCCUUUUCAUGCCAUACUUAACAAUGAUAAUGCAAAGGGCGGCUUUUGUGUUGACAACAAUAGCUAUGACAUAGAAGCCUUCAAUCUGCAGGGGUCUGUUUCAGCACAAGGGUUUGCCGGAAACUCUGCUGGUGAUUGCUAUGUAGCAGAAAGCAACUGGCUUGACAGUGAAUUUUCAUGCGGCAUGUGGAGCAUGGACGAAUUGUGGCAAAGUAGGAGCUAA